AGGCGCAGCUCCCUAGCAGUGAUUUCUAAGCCCCACACGAAAAGCAAGGUUUUCACAGGAUGAUGUGUGAAUGUGGGAGCGCAGAGGCAGAGGGGAGUCAGCAGCCCGCACAGCAGCCUUGGCAAGCCGCCUUCGUCCCCCAGGCUCUCGAAACACGAUGUCUGCACCCCCUGCCAGCAAUGGUGUGUUCGUUGUCAUCCCGCCCAGCAACGCCAGCGGCCUCCGCCCGCCUCCAGCCAUUCUGCCCACCUCCAUGUGCCAGCCUCCAGGGAUUAUGCAAUUCGAAGAGUCACCGCUGGGGGCGCAGGCGCCCAGGGCCACCCAGCCACCUGAUCUUAGACCGAUGGAGACGUUCUUGACUGGAGAACCCAAAGCUUUAGGGACGGUGCAGAUCCUGAUCGGCCUCAUCCACCUUGGCUUCGGCAGUGUCCUGCUCAUGGUUCGACGAGGCCAUCUGGGGAUGCUCUUCAUUGAAGGUGGCGUCCCCUUCUGGGGAGGAGCUUGUUUUAUCAUCUCUGGAUCCCUCUCCGUAGCAGCUGAGAGGAACCACACCAGCUGCCUGAUGAGAAGCAGUCUGGGAACCAACAUUCUCAGUGCCAUGGCAGCCUUCGCUGGGACAGCCAUUCUUCUCAUGGACUUUGGUGUCACUAACUGGGAUGUGGGCAGGGGCUACCUUGCUGUGUUGACCAUCUUCACCAUCCUGGAGUUCUUCAUUGCUGUCAUUGCCACCCACUUUGGGUGCCAAGCCACUCGUGCCCAAACUAACGCAUCUGUGAUUUUCCUACCCAAUGCCUUUGGCACGGAUUUCAACAUCCCCAGCCCAGCAGUCUCUCCGCCCCCUGCCUAUGACAACGUGGCAUAUAUGCCCAAGGAGUCAUCGGAGUAGGAGAUUGCAACUUCUGCAGGUUGGAGUCCAGGCUUCCCACUGUACCCAGCAUCUCUCUACCCUCACCUUGUCUGUUCUGAGGCAGCAGUUGCCCAGUGAGGCUUUCCAAGCCACGCGCACUGUGUCACUGAAUGAAGUGUUCCAUCCGUUUCUCAUUUCCUCCAGUAGUGUCUUUCCAAAAAAGACAAAGCUGGUGGCGUCCAGGGUGU